AUGGUUUCAAACAAUGCUGUUCCGAUGAAGUUAGAAAGUUCUGACAGAAGAUAUGUAGUUGUCAGAACGUCAGAUUCUCAUAUGCAAGAUACAGAAUAUUUUGACGACUUAGCAGAAACUUUGACAUCUGACUUUUACAACCAUUUGUUCUCAUACUUUAUGACAUUAGAUAUUUCAAAGUUCAAUCCAAGACAAAUUCCACAUACCGAAGAGAGACAAACAUUGUUAGAAGCAAACAAGAGUGUAUAUGAACUGUUCAUAGAUGAAACUGACUUUGUGUCAUUAGAUGAAAGGUCAUUGUACGAUUCGUAUAAACAAUAUUGUCAAGAAUAUGGUUAUAUGACAGCGUCUAAACGAACAUUCUUGGCAAAUGUCAAAAGUCUUUUAGACGUACAGAAUGGUGUAUAUACAAAGAAAAAUUUUUAUGAGUAA